AUUUGACUUUUAUUUUUAAACAAGUUUUUCACCAUUUAUGUCAUCCAUCUCUUGGGAGCUCAGUCACAAUCUUUGUGCGUGUGUCUGUUUGCUUCAGUAUCUGUGUGUGUGUGUGUGUGUGAGUGUGUGUGUGUGUGUCUGUUCGUUGCAUCACUUGAAGGCAAACAGUCAGGGUGUUUUCCACGAGCCUCUCAGCACUGCUUUUGUUUCAGUUCCUGUCACAUUACUUGUAAAAGUGUGUGUUUGUGUGUGUGUGUGUGUGUGUGUGUGUGUGUGUGUGUUAACCUUAGGUAUAGAGAAACAGCAUGCUGGUAGUAGAGUGACUGCUUGCCUGGCUUACUGUACAAGGGACUGCUGCUGCUGAGCUGAGAGUUGUCGUGUUCUGUGUUUGUAUCGAUGUGUGUGUGUGUGUGUGAGGGGACUACCGUUAGUUUCUGGCAGCGGAGUGUGUGGGCAGCUCACCUCGUUCUCCAAAACAGAAGUAAGGACGUGAAGAGUCAUUAUGAUGUUCCUGUGAAACGUUAGCUUUGGCGUUCUCAUGUCCUCAUAGGAAGUAUUGCAUGUUACACACAGCUACGACUUGUCUUCUUCCACUUAACACUUAGCAGACACACACACACACAGCUUUUACACAUUUUUUGGUGUGUUUCCUCUGUUGGUUUGUGUUCUUCAAGCAGGACACCGAUUUGAUACGUAAUACAUCUUUCGCGUUGUGUAUGAAGAGACAAAGAUUUUUUUUUAUCCUUUUUUCGUCUGUUUGUUUCUUGAGGCUGAAGAGUCAGUGCGUUACUGUACGCCGCUAUCUGAUUAACGGCCGGUCCGCCUCGUGGGCUCUGGGGACCUUUAUCACUCCGUCACAGGAAGCCAGAGGUCAUCUGAUCGGUCUUCAGAAGGAAGCCUAGGAGGGACCCGUCUCUGCUCUUUUCCUCUUUUGUUACGGCCCCUGAGAAACAGAAAGAGAGACAGAGUGAACCAGAGGGGGAGGGUAGACGUAUAUAGUACCGGACAGGUACCAUAGGGGCUACACUUGGCUGAUUGGAAGCAGGCAGUCUCAGAGCUGGGCUGUCAAUCAGAGAGAGAACGAGAAAGAGAGAGAGAGAGAGAGAGAGAGAGAGAGAGAGAGAGAGAGAGAGAGAGCAGAGGGGGGUUUACACGGGAGGGGGUGAGAGAUUGAGCAUAGAGGGGAGAGGAAGAGUGAAGGGGACUGAACUGAGUUGGACAACACUUUGCUGAGCUGUGCAGAGUGGAGUCCAUCUGAAGUGCUGCUCUGUCAGCUCUGCGCUGAUUGCUGAUUGUGUUUUAUGUGUCCAGUGUUUCCUUGCUCCACUCUCUGCCUCACUGCUGCUGCUGCUGCUGCUGAGGUCCUUCUGCAGCUGGACAGGCUGAGCUGAGUGUUUUCUGGAGAGAGAGAAAGAGAGAGAGAGAGAGAGAGAGAGAGAGAGAGAGAGAGGGCGAGCGACUCGGAUCUUGUCCAGACCCGCGGAAUCGUAACAAGCGCUGCAGUGUCUCGCUGCCAGGAGUUUAGACAGUUGUUGAAAGUGCGCACCGUGAGGGGACUAGGAAGCUAGGCAAACCUAGCCAACCUUCUGGGAGUGGACUCCAGUGAAGAAAACACCUUGCGUCACUCACACCCGCUCUCCGCCCAGGAGGGGACUUUUCUUGUCUACGGACGGCAGAGGAGAACCACAGAGGCGUGGGAAUCGAAGGACGCAGGUACGGACCCAGGGAUUGGAGAAGUUACCGGAAAAAGUCAUCGCGGCAUAACAAGCAAGGAGCCGGAGAGACGAGAGGAGCGAAAGGUGAAAUAAAAGAAAAGGGAGGGGGAAAAAACAGCAGGACACCCAACAUGGAAGCUCUUUGGCUAGCACUGGCCGUGGCCUUGUGCCUUGCGGGCACCGCCAGCGCCCUCUCCACCUGUAAGACGCUUGACCUGGAGGUGGUCAAGCGGAAACGCAUUGAGGCCAUUCGUGGCCAGAUCCUCAGCAAGCUGCGCAUGGACAAGGAGCCCAAGGCCGAGCAGGAGGCCGAGACUGAGAGCGAGGCGAUCCCACUCUCGCUCAUAUCCAUCUACAACAGCACGAUAGACCAGAAUGCCGAGCGGCACGCCAUGGCACCGCCACUUACGCCGCAGCUAGAGGACGAGGACUACUUUGCCAAGGAGCUGCACAAGUUCACCAUCACAGACAAAAACCUAUCCAAUACCGAGAUGAAAAUGCUGUUCAACAUGAGCGCCAUGCGUGCGAGCAUCGUGAGCUCGGCCCUGCUGACCAGUGCCGAGCUGAGACUGUUCAUCAAGCAGACCAGCAUGGCCCAGGGCGACCAGCGGCUGGAGCUGUACCGUGGCUUGGGCCCUGACCAACGUUACCUGGGCUCCCGCUUCAUCAACAAGACCAUGAAUAGAAAUUGGCUCACCUUCGAUGUCAGUGACACCGUCCGGGAGUGGCUGCAAGGCAGCGAGGACCAACAGGCGAUAUAUCUCAAACUGCACUGUGGCUGUGGG